AUGUACAUCGCGGCACUCAGCCAGUUGGUCGGGAGCAUAAGCUUUCAUUCAUGCAACGCAGCAACGCGCGGAGGUGCCGUUGAUGUAUUCUAUGGACAUCUGAUUUCUUCAGGCCAGUUGGAGCUCGAGGACUGCCACGCAAAUGCAGGCGGUGCGAUCUUUGUGCGGGGUGAUCUGAUUCAACACGACACAGCGAACAUGAGUGUUGGCUCGUGCACAGCCGGCUCAGGAGGUGUGUUGGGGGUGUUGGGCAACAUCAUGUUCAGCGGACUCAUGAACAUCAACGCCUGCCACACACCACAAGGUUUCCUUCUCGAGGCCGAAGGCGUGAACGGCGUGAACCUUCGACGCGAAUUUCCGACAACCUGUGAGGGCGGCGAGCUGAAGUUAAACGGGACCUUCCUCGUCCGAAGACGUACAAGCAUUCCUGCGAGGUGCGUGAUUCGAGGAAUGGGCGCAACAGUGUUUCUAGAAGCUCCGCUCGUGUUCCACGGAGGCGAGACCGUUCUCUUUGCCGGCAUCGUUUCCUUCUACGGCUUGAAGGACUUAGAAGAAGCCUGUGUGACGGUGCAGGGCGACGUGAGAAUUGGCACCAGCAAAGAAUCAGAACAUGGCGGUACUCGCAUCAGCUUCGCAAACUGCCACAACAAGGAGAACACAUCUAAUGGUGGUGCUCUUUACAUCCAGCAGGGCCUUGCCAUGAUUUCGGGUCUUCUUGAGAUCGAACACAGCAGCAGUCUCAGAGGUGGCGCAGGGCUGCACAUUCACAACGGCAGCCUCUGGCAAGAGGGCGGCAGCAUUCGGCUGCUCGCCACCAGUUCGCAACAAAUCGGCGGGGGGCUCUUCAUCAAAAACGGCAACCUUUUCCAGGCUGAUGGCCACAUCAGAUGCCAGAAUUGCAGCGCCGAGCGUGGCGGAUGCCUCGCCGUGAAUGGCACAGCGACCUACAGUCUGCAUUCGAACGGAACAAUCCAUGCAGAGGGCUGCAAGGCUGACAAAGGCGGUGCCUUCCUCAUCAACAAGGGAGCUUGGAUAUCAUCUGGGCAGGUGACGUUCAAUCGCUGCCAAGCACCCGGUCGAGGUGGUGCUGUUUGGGCCAGGGGCAGCUUCCAUCAACUUGAUGGCAGCGUGGCGUUUGAGUCGUGCAGUUCACUUGGCGAAGGUGGGGCAAUCAUCGCAGAUCACAUGUCGCUGAUGGAGGGCAGAAUGAACUUCACGGAUUGCGCCAGCAAUACCAGUGGCGGCGGCUUACAUGUGCAUGGCGAUUUUGCGCAGCUUGGUGGCUCCAUUGAGUUCUACGGCUGUAUUGCAGAGCGCAGUGGAGGUGGUCUUUGGGUCAACGGUUCCUUUCAUCAAGCAAAAGGUGCUGCCAAUUUCUCAGACUGCCGCGCUCUGGGGUCAGGAGGCGGCCUGAAUGUUGCCGGCAGCGUCACUUUGGCAGGCACCAACAUGUUCACAGAAUGCAGAGCUGCAGCCGCACCAGGACUCCGCCACCCGAGCUAUGGGGGCGGAAUGCAUGCAGAAGGCGCCCUGAUGCUGUCGCGCCAGGCUGAGACAACCUUUGUGAAAUGCGAAGCUGCUGGUGGAGGUGGUGGUGCAGCAGUCCAUAGCAUGCGGAUCAACGGAACCGCAAAGUUCUUGAACUGCGUGUCUCAUGGCGAGAGUGGCGGGGGAGGACUUUACGUGCAAAACGGCAGUUUUGAGCAAGACGGCGGGUUGAGCGAGUUCAAGGACUGUCGGGCCUCGAGCGGCCCUGGAGGUGGCCUACGCGUAGCCAACGGAUCGUUAAGGCAAGCAGCUGGAAAUCUGGUUGUGGAAGGAUGCCGCGCUGGCUCCAGCGGGGGAGGUCUAGCGGUUCACAGGAAUGUGUCAGUGCAGGCCACCUUGAGAAUCGACGAGUGCAGAGCAGUUGGUACAGGUGGUGGUGUGCAUGUUGCUGGCUUCUUUGAGCAGUUGGAUGGUGCCAUCUGGCUUGGUCGAUGUGAGGCGAGUGUGCGCUCAGGUCGUGAUGCACGAAGGCAGCACGCUGGUGCCGGCGAAGGGGGAGGGAUGUUCGUAUGGAGAGACUUCAUCCAGCACGGGGGAGAUCUGAGAGUUGAUGCUUGCAGAACCAGAUCCAGUGGCGGAGGCCUGCGCGUUAACGGCAGCUUUUAUCAGACGGUGAGCAGCUCUGCCGAGUUCAAUACCUGCGCCGCCUCUCGCGGAGGUGGCGUGAGCAUUGGCCAUUCCAUCCAUGUGGCCGGCCAUCUCAGAUUCAAUUUUUGUAAAGCCUUUGGGUCGCAUGAUUUUCAAUCAGGUUUGGGCGGAGGUGGCUUAUUUGUGCAGAAGCACCUCUUCCAAACAGGAGGCCUCCUCAGUUUUACUCGCUGCAAGUCCAAUUCGUAUGGCAAUGGCGGCGGGCUGUAUGUUCGUGGCAAACUCAUUGCAGAUUCGGGAACCAUGACUUUCCGGGAGUGUGUCGCAACGCACGGCGGUGGUGGUGGUGCGGCGGUAUCCCUCGAUGCGCAUAUACACAAUACAAACAUGACUUUCAAAGAAUGUAGUUCUACUUGGCGUGGGGCCAAAGGUGGAGGUAUGGCCCUUGAGCGUGGUGCCAACUUUAUCCAGAGCGCUUCGAACGUGACCUUCAUGAACUGCAAGGCUUCAGCUGAUGGCAACGGAGGUGGUUUAGCAGUGCUCAAAGGACACCUGCACCAGUUUUCUGGUAGUUUGAGCUUUGAUGGUUGCAGCUCUGGCGUUGGCGGCGGGCUCUUCGUGGGCGGUGAUGUGCAGAUGGUUGGCGAUGGUGCCAUGAGAUUCCAGAAGUGUGAUGCUUUGCAAGAAGGCGGGGACGGAGGUGGAGGAGCUUUUGUGGAACAAAGUUUCUUGCAGCGGGGCGGGCACCUGCUUGCGGAAGAUUGCCUCAGCAAGUUUGAUGGAGGCGGUCUUCAUAUCCUUGGCAGCUUCAGCCAGGUGUCCAGCAGCUCGACCCGGUUGACAUCUUGCAAAGCCCAGCGCGGAGGCUGCAUGAGUGUCAAUGGUUCGGUCGAUGUCAGCGGCUCUAACGCGUUCCAUCGAUGUGUCGCCUUUGAAGACCGCGAUGCAGGUGCUGGUGGGGGCGGUCUUUAUGUCCACAGCAACUUUUCCCAGCUCGGAGGUUCCACACACUUCACCGAAUGCCAAAGUCUGAAGAGCGGUGGUGGUUUGCGAACCGAGAGUGGUAGCCUAACCGUGCACUCCGGCUCAGUUCUCUUCAAGAGCUGCCACGCACAGGGUUCGGGAGGGGGUGCAGAUGUAGGCCUCCACGUCUACUUGCAAGCUGAUGCAACCGUGACCGUUGAUCAUUGCGUUGCCAAAGAUGAUGGUGCAGGCAUUGUUGUGCAUGGCAACUUCUUCCAGAACAGUUCGAAGAUCCAUGUCAAAAACUGCGACUCAUCUGAUGGCCAAGGAGGGGGUCUAGCUGUAUACCAGAGCCUGCUCCAAAGUGCGGGCAAGAUGGAAUUUGCCAACUGCAGUGCAGAUGCUGGGGGAGGAAUGGUUGUGUCAAGAAAUGUCUUCUUGGGCGGUGUCACGGCUUUCUCUGGCUGCAAUGCGCUUGGUUCAGAUUCUGGAGGUGGUGGCGUCUACAUCCAAGAAGGCCAGAUGGACGUGAGGGGGUCAUUGUUGGUGACGACCUGCACUUCCUUGGGCUCGGGGGGUGGCCUUCUUAUGAAGAACAAAGGCAUCCGACAGCAUGCUAACGGCAACGUGACCUUCCGCCAGUGUUUUGCACGCGGCGGCCACGGUGGCGGCAUGGCGAUACCCAGCAUCCGCUCCAAGGGCAGCAUCGAGUUCGACAGCUGCGCAGCCUCUCCCCAAGGCGGGAAUGGCGGAGGCUUGUAUAUCAGCAGUGGCGAUGGAGAGGUUCGGCAAGAUGGUGGACAAAUUCGUGCCUACAGCUGCACUGCUGGGGGCGAAGGGGGUGGACUUUAUCUGGGAUCUGGAAGUUCAGGACGCCUGACAAACGUGUAUAUCAAGCAAUGCAUCGCGAAGCUCGAUGCGGGCUCCAUCUACACUGCAGCUCAAACAUUGAACGUCUCCAACUUGAUUGUCUUGGAGCCUCGUAGUGUGGACUUCGACAUCAUCUCAUCUGGUGCCGUCAUUGCCGACGAUCUUCGCUUUCAGAGCGUCAGUGGGAAAUUGUCCAUGGGCGUACUGGCUCAGAGCAUACAUGCAGAGUCCGUUAACUGCACAACCCUGAAGUCAUGCAGUCUGGUGGCUCGGAAACAUCACGUCACGAGCCUUGGCUGUCCAGCGGGCACGGGAAUCCGCCACGGGCCAAAUUCAACCAAUUGCUCGGUCUGCGAAGAUAACUUCACUCAGAUCUUUGAUGGCGAACGCCGGGAAUGCGUGCCGUGCCCGACGCAGAACGAGUUCUGCUACGCCACAGAGUUCAAGAUGACUGCGGGGCAUAUGGUGGAGGGAAGAAACAUCAGCGUCACCAUAUACUGCCCGAACCUUGCGGCAUGCCCUGGUGGGAACUCCACGGACUUGUCCACAAUGUGCGCACCGGGCUAUGACAAGAGGUCUUGUGCAGCUUGCAAAGAAGGCUAUGCCAUCUCGGACAGUAGUAUACUUUCGUGCACGCGAUGUGCCACGGUCAGGUGGCGAAAGGUUCUGCAAUGGAUGUACCUCUUCUUAAAGCACCUCGUGCCCUUCGGCAUGGCAGCGAACGGAGCGCUGCAAGUGCAGGGUGCUGAAGAACCCAAGCGCAGUGGCGUGCUGAUAAACCAACUGAUGUCCUUUGCCACGGUUGCCGGCACCCUUUUGGCGGUAGUUGCCCAGACCAAUGCAAUGCGAGAGAUCAGGCAGGAGACCAGCCGCGGGCUGGCAAGUUUCGGACAGUUUUUGCUUACGAUGGCCAGCGUGUCAAUGGAAAUGAUCGCAGGACAGGGAGUGUCCGAAGGUUCCGGCAGCUCCGGCAUUUCGUCGCUUUGCUUGCUGUCCUACUUGAACCUUCAUGGCGGACUUUGGCAAGCUCACCUGCUGCACGCGGCUAUUCCGGUGGCCCUUGUGUUGGGCCUUGUAGCGAAGCUUCCCGUCGAGCAGCGCGGCGUCGCCGUUGUUGUAGGCCUGAAUUGUUUCUUUCCCGAGAUCUUCAGCUACUUCGGCAAAUAUCUUUAUUGUUUCCAGUUUGCACCCGAGAGCACCAUGGCGGAGAGGACCUUUGAGUGCCCCUUCCUGGAGGAAGAGCGUCACCGCCAUGCCAUGCGCGUGGUUAUGGUCUUGGUUUUCGUCAUGGCGUCCUACAUAUGGAUCAGCCUCUCACUGCCAAAGAAGAGCGGACGCCGAUGGUGGUGA